CAUAUUGAAGUCAACAAGCUUGUUAAAGGAAGACCGCUGGACAACUUAGAGUUCUUACAAUGGCUGAAGCGUUACUGUGAUUCUGUAAAUGGAGGCAUUAUGAACGAGAACUACAACCCAGUGGAAAGACGAUGCAAAGGAGGGAAAGAAAGAAAUAUCAGAGUUUCUCAAAAAAUAUCCAAAUCACUGCAGGCUAGCAACGUAGGGAAUCGAGGCUCAAUUGAUGGCACCAAACAUUCAACCGCGACUCCGAAUUCAACUCUGGAGAAUUCUAAUGCUUACAUCCAGGAACUAUCUGAAAAGAUUAAUGAAAUGAAGAUUUCAUUGGAGAGUAUGGAGAAAGAAAGAGAUUUUUACUUUGAGAAGCUACGCUAUGUUGAAAUACUCUGCCAAAAACCUGAAGUUGAGCAUCUGCCGAUGACGAAAGCAAUACUAAAAAUUUUGUAUUCCAAUGAUGACAAACAUUCUCCUCUUCCUGAAGCUGAAGAAUCCAUUAAUGAAUCCAUGGAUGCUGCUGAUCUGGAAGCAGAGGAGACGCAAUGAUCAUCUUCAUCCUUGCAUUUGCACAACCAUAUAUCCCAAAUAGGUCCUACUGAACCGAAGCUUUGUUCCGUUGAUGCCAGCCUCAGUUUCUGUUUUUCUUGUUUCCUUUAGUUGCUCUGAUAUUUCUGGAGAUGACUAGUCACUUGCUACUAAUUAGGAUGAUAUAUCUACCAAAUACAAGUGCACCACUAAACGAAAUUUGGUUCUCCGAUGUUCUAAAUCAUUUAACCUUUAGAUCUCAAAUGGCUUUAUUAUAAUACUUGUAAGAUCGGCUACAAUAAAAGUUUGCCGUAACAAAAAUACGUGAUUUCGUUUGGAACGA